AGCAAAGUAAACAUAAGACAGCUUUGUGUCGAAAAUCUUCACCUAUUGGUCACACAAGCUGUCGUAAUCACGUAUAGGUGGAGAAUGCCCUGACGCUGACCAAUAGCAUUUCAUAUGCAAAUCUUGUUUGAAAAAGUCCCGGGAAAUCCGAGUUUCGCGGGAGGGCCCUUCGCGCGUAAACUGCAUCCCCUCAUUCAUUGUCAGCUUCCUGGAGCCAUUUUUCAAGCAGCUUGAACGGAGCUCGCAACCUAAUCAAAUCCGUAGCAUCUUCACGUUUUGGAAACCUAUCGGUAAACAAAUUUCAACGAAUGGAUAGCUAACACAUUAGUCUAAAAAUAUCCUUGAUUAUUUUGGGUCGAAGCGAGGCGGAUUUUGAGAAAAAUAGCUACGAAGUUUCAGAGGGACAAAAGGGCAUUCGAGCCUGAAGAUGAGGAAGGGGGGAGCUACGGUCCCGGAGAAAGUCCCUAUUUCAGGGGUCGGGUGCACCUCCGUGGACAAAAAACACACGGUUCUGACCCGGUUCACUAACCCUACAUAUUAUCAGAUUUUAACCCCCCCAUCCUUACCGAACCAGACUAACCAUGUCGGUGUUGCAGACCCGACCGGGAAUCAGCUAUGCACAACCCCCAUCGGGGUGUCUACAAACAGGACAAGACUACGACCAGCGCUCGGAAGACCUCCGGAAACGGCACCUGCAGGCAUUAGGAGUGGUGAAAUGACCUGUAGCAUCUCUAGAUCUGACAGCAUUUCUCCUCCAGAGGCCAAGCGUCGGUUGGAGCUUGAGGAGGGCGACCACCCGUACACCAUUGACACGGUCAGGCCGCCCCGGGCCAAGAGAGCCACCACGCACUCCCUCAGAGAAACUAAAGUUCCCAAGUCCCCGGUGGAGAAGACCCGCUACGACACGUCGCUUGGCCUGUUGACCCGGAAGUUUCUCCAGCUUCUGGCCCAGUCCAGUGACGGGGUGGUGGACCUCAACCUGGCGGCAGAGACCCUCAAGGUCCAGAAGAGGCGUCUUUAUGACAUCACCAAUGUCCUGGAGGGUGUGCAUCUCAUCAAGAAGAAGGCCAAGAACAACAUCGAGUGGCUGGGUUGCAGCCUGUCGCCGGAGGGUGUGGCCAGUGUGCAGUCCCAGAGUUCUAAAGAACUGUUGGAGUUGACCCAGGAGGAGAAGAGACUGGAUGAACUCAUUCACAUAUGCACCCACACGGUUCAGCAGAUGACACUGGACACGCAGUCACGGAAAUUUGCGUACAUAUCAUAUGACGACGUGAAGAAGGUCCCCAGUCUGAGGGACCAGACUGUCAUUGUGGUCAAAGCCCCUGUGGAAACCAAGCUGGAGGUACCAGACCCUGCUGAGAGUUUUCAGAUUCACUUGAGCAGUACCCAGGGUCCGAUAGAAGUCUUCUUGUGCUCCGAGGACCACGCUCCCUCCUCCUCGCUGUCCGACCACAACACCCCUUCGCAGAGUGGAACCGGGAUUUCUUCCUCGUCAUGUGUCAGUGGAAACUCUUCCUCCUUCCUUAAAGUGUCACAAGAUGGUAACGACUGUAACGGUUUCUCCAACGCCCUGUCCAGGCUCCCAGCGUGCUCAGCGGUGACGGUGACCCCAGUCUCCCCCCUGCCCUCCUCCCUCACCUCCCUCCUCCCCCACGAGGAUGUUGCGGAACAGGAGCCCUUUGUUGCCCUCUCCCCCUCCCUCCCGCUCACCCUGGAAGAGGAUGACUACCUCCUGAGUCUAACGGAGAACGAAGGCAUCAGCGACCUGUUUGCCUAUGAUCUUGACCGGCUUGGCGGGCUGGACGUCCUGCUGUGUAACUGAGUCAAACGGAAACUCUCGGACCGUUUUUAUGGAUUUUUACUGUGGCCCUUCUGGAGCCAGACAGAAUGGCGGCUGCAAUGUUUAGUUUCACGGUGUACUGGUUGACAGGGCGUGUGUGCUUCGUAGCCUGCAGCUCGGCAGCCAUUUUGGAGCCGGGCUUUGUUAUCCUAAGCCCCUGGGCUGGACCCCCACCACACGAAGAACCUGACCGUUGAACCCCUUUCUGCCGGCAACUGUAACAUUUUGGCGCGGAGUGUGGCUGUGAAUGAGAGGAAAUGCCUUCUCUUGGUGUGGAUGUGAUCCAAUCAGGCGGUCUGUGGCUGAACAGCGUGUUCCGUGGCCAAAUGGACGGACCCCUCUUACUUGACCGGUCUUUUGGUUUGACCUGCACGUUAGGGAAAAGCGACAUCGUACAUGAUCAGUUUUCCUCAUGGUUCGGGUGUACGGGGGGGGUGUCAUUGUGCCCCCGUGGCGAGUCGCGUAAACCUAAUUCCUCCCUUUUAGCCACCUCGGAUGAAAGCCCCCGCUAACCGAUGUGCCGUGUCAAUCACUCCCUACGUGUGACCGGCUGCUACAACCUGUGGAACGACCUGCGUGUCACGGCAGAACGUUCCAACAGGUGUGUAGGUGUUAACGUGAGCCAACAGGCCCAAUCCUACCGUCGUGAUUUUUUUUUUUUUUUUAAAUAAGCUGCCCAAGUUCCCUCGGCCCUCUUACAGCCUUUUUGAGCAAUGUGAACCGUUACUGCUGGUUAACGAGAAACUAGUGGGCAGGUAGCGGGAUAUAUAUCUCUAAAUGUAUGAAAUUUGUUGCUGUGUGUGGGCGGAGUCGUCUGGAUGUUGUGCUUGACAGGUGGCUAUGUAGUUUCUCCCUGGGUCAGAGGUCACCUGUUUUUCCCUGGGUCAGAGGUCAUUUGUUUUUCCCUGGGUCAGAGGUCACCUGUUUUUCCUGUGCCCUGCUGCCUUAGAAGUAAUGCCCAGGGGUGAGACUUAAACCUCAGGGGCUUUUCGGCGGAAUGGAGACUCUGUUACUCACGUGGACAGGCCCCUGUGGUUGUUUUAGUCGUGCUAAUGUAUCAGCGAACAGCUAACGUUCUACUGAACUGGAAGCGUAGUAUUUUCUCAGGGCUCCUCUGAUAGCUUUUUUUUUUUUUUUUUAAUUUGAAUAUAAUUUUGUUGCUUCUAUUCAGAAGUGGUUUCUAAUUAAUGUUUUGUAAAAUAAAUGUUUUGAUUUGUAUGAUAAUACCCCCAUAUAUCAGUUGUUGAACUUAUAAAUGGAAAUUAAAUACCCUUUCUUUUUACCCCGUGAUUGGUAAAGACAUGUAAAAAAAAAAUUUUUUACUAAGCUAUGAAACUAACCACUAAUGUUAAAAUACGUUCAGCGUUCAAGCUUUGCUUGUCUACGUGGGCUGAGCUGACCGGUUUCAAGAUGAGCACUGUGAUAACACUGUGGCGUCUUAGUUUCCCAUGCACAUCUCGUGACCCUGACUCCUGUCCUGUGUCUCGUCUGAACCCCGUGUGUUGUCAAUAACAGACCCCAAGCUGUUUCCAGGCGGUCGAGUGAUUUUUGAAUGUGUGUCUCCAGUACAGACAUUUCCUGGUUGGAGGUACUGUAUUGCUGCUUACAGUAAUUAAAAUGGAAGCCAUUCUGAUGUGCUGGAUUUAACGCUGGCCCUUUGGGGCAUCUGAUUCCUCUGCUCUAUGGAGCAGAUGUGUUUUUUUUAUGCCUCCAGUAGUACGUUUCCAUUAAUAAUCCGUGAAGCGUCUAACUGGACUAUUGGUCAGAGGGUUUUACCUUUUUUGCACACUGUCUCAAUUAUUUUUCACGCUUCUGUCCUUGAAUUGGCGCACUCUCGUUCGUCAGCCCACCAAAACAUUUUAGCUAGCUUCCUACUGUCACUACUGCUCCUCGUUAGGGCCACCGUGUUGGAGUGACGAGGCGUUUGUUGGUCUGUGCUGCUAGUUACCACCAGUGAUGGGAUUGUAAUUCACUGUAGUAGCCGAUGAAGAAACACAGCCGCUGUCCUGCCGUCUCCGGUACAGGGCGUUGUAACCCCUCAAGGCAGAUCUGGGAUCAGCUGUUGUUCAUUCCCCGCAACGAAUGGUUCAGGUUAGGGUUGAUCCCAGAUCUGUGUUUGGGGAACUAACCCCCCAAGCAAGUUAUGGUGGUGACGUUUAUUUUUCAAGGCUGUUCUACUGUUUUGCUGUAUAGACCUAGAACGGUCUUUCAAUACUUUCGUUAUGACUUGACAAAUAGUCUUUUACGACAAGUUAAGAUGUUUUAAUUGUUUUAUGCCGUUUCCUGCCCACUGUCCAGAUAUGGUCACCUAUUCAACAAGUGAAAUAGCCCAUAUGAGACCGGAACUCAGGCUAUCAUGCUGACUAAUAGAAUUGGUGCAAGUACAAACCGAUUAAAGUCCUCUGGUUUAAUGGUUUGUUGUGGGAAUUAUGUGAAAUGUUGACCUUUGAAUUUAUUUUCAACACUUCAUGUUCAUCUAAAUUUGCUUAAUGUUAUUCAAUAUAGUAGUUCUAAAACAAAACAUUUGACAAUUUCAUUGUCGUUUUCCUUUUUUCUUCCAUGAAAUCCUGAUCAUUUAAGUAAAUCCAGGAUGUUUCUGUUAAUUAAAUAUUUUGUGGGUGAAGAUGAAUAGCGAAGCACUGUUUUCUUGGGUUUUGGACAUCAGCCCGGAGACAGUUUGGGCCGUUCUGUGGAGUAGCAGCGCCAGGGAUGCAAUUCAUACUGUAAACACUCUUUUGUUAACGAAGGAUAAAACCCUGGACACACACAGCUUCUGCCUUUUACGUUACCCGUUCGUCUCCACGGUGACCUUGGCGUUCCCUCAACGUGUCCGUGGUAUGUCGUCGGUUACGGUCUGAAAGGUCUAACUGAUCUGGCUCUUCCGCCACCCCAGAAUGAUACCACAGCAAAGCUGAACGGUGUGUUGGUGUUUGCCCAUCUUAACCACAUACAGGUGGGUACAUCAAGGUUGCUUCUUGGACUGGGGGUGCAUCCCAAAUGGUUUCUCACUUAACGCCUCUUUGAAAUAGGGUGCCACCUGUGAGGCAAUCUAGCUGUGUAGUGCACCAAUUAUAUUCUUUAAUCGCUAGCUGGGGGUGGAGACCCGGUUUCUGCAGUAGGAAACCUAACGCCCGCUCUGAUGUUUCAGUCGUCAGUUCGUUUGGGACAUUUCUUGUUUGUAUGGAAUAAAGUGAUUGAUGACGGUGUGUUUAAUAAAGUUAUUAAACUUUAUAUUUAUUUUUUUGCUCUACCCGGUGUGCUGUGGUGUUUAGUUCUACCAUUUGUGUAUUGGAGCGGUCCAAUUAUCAGCCUGCUGGCAAUGCAAGUUGGGGUGGGGGGUUUAACCCUCAACACCUGCUGGUGUUGGGGCCACGUUGUUUCCCAGUUCCAAAUGCACGUGCUGGUGGAGGUGCAUAUAGGAUCAGCAUGGUGUUCAAGUCUGGCCCUUCCUGGCCACAGGGAAGAUUAAGGGCUUACCCCCCUUGGAAAUGAGUAAGCAUGAUGAUUACAUGUAGUAGUUCUAUGUAAGAAAUGGCCAACUAAAUGUCAGACCCAGACCGUUUCUCCUUACCAACAUACACGGAGGUUCCUCCACAGUCUCCUGCUGAGCACCUUCCAGGAAGAAGCCAGAGUGUCAGGAAACCCGUUUAGUUUUGGGAUGUGCUCAUGACUUAAGUGACGCUACUAUUGUUCCACUAUUGAAUACAAUUUGCAUUAAUAUCUAAUUAACAAUUUCAUAUUUUAAGUCUGCAAAGUCUGAGAUCAGAGAAGCAAAUAUUCACAUAAUAUGGAAGCCAUUAUUUUCUGUAAACAAUUAAAAUGCUUAAAAGGAACAUGGUGUUAUGGGAUUCCGCUUAGCUCAUGAAGGAUGCGACUGUAGGCAGCGGUAUUGAAAUCCCUGAAGCCAGUUCCACUCCAUUUUUACAUUGCAACCACAUAAUCAGGGACUUCAGCCUUCUGUUCUACCUCAUUAACUGCACCCGCCUGGUGUCCCAGGUCUAAACAAACCCCUGGUCAGGGGGUUGCAGUGAAAAAAUGGAGCGGUACAGGACCAGGUUUGAAUACCAGUCAGCCAAUACCUGCAAAUAGCGGGUCAAAGGCCUAGGCACAGUGCCUCUCAACCCUGCUCCUGGACACCCCCCUGCCCUGCAUGUUUUAGGUUUCUCCCUGCCCUAACAUACCUGAUGUAGCUCAUGAAGGAAUUGAUAAUGAGCUAAUAAUUUGAAUCAGUUGUGACAGAGCAGGGAGAGAUCUAAAACAUGCAGGGCAGGUGGGUGCCCAGGAGCAGGGUUGAGAAACACUGGCCUUAGGGAUCUUUUGGGAUUUAGCUUUGGAGUUUUGGGCAGGAAGGGGACCUGGGAGUUGGGUUAGGGGACCUCAGGGGCCCAGGUAAGAAAUGUGUGUAAUAAAAUUGCUCUGGAUAACCGCAUCUGCUAAAUGACUAAAAUGCUUUAGGGUUGGAUAGGCGGCGGUAGUAUUGCAUUGUAUAGUAGUCUUGUAUUGGUCGCUUGGUAUGCCUUGUAGUGUGAAGGUUGUGGGUUUGAUUCCCUCCUCAGGGGAGUAUUAGUUUGGGGCCCAGGCCUGUUCUACACUACUUCAAGUGAAUGCAUUUACAUGUUGACCGUGGCCUUUACCACAAAGAGUGUCUUCGCAAAUUCCACCACCCUUCUGCCUGCUGAGCUACACAGAACCAACGCGACAGGUCAGAUGACAGACGGGGAUCCUCUUCCUUGUCCUAGGGAAGACCUUAAUUGCGAACACCUCGUUUCAUAGUGUCCUUUAAAGCCGUUGGAGGAGGAGGCUGUGGAGGACAUUUGGAGGACGCGGGCUGUGCCAACAGAGAUAUUCCCCCCUUACCACGCGGAAAGCGGUCUUACGGCAUCUACUUAUUAGGCCAUGUCAACCAAUCCACCAGGGGGCAGUGUGCUCACACAGAAUGUCAUGCCGACGGGAUAUUGUUCCCGGUGAUUUCGGUUGGUCUGGUGGUCUCUGAGCAGAUGCCUCUGGCACACUAUAUUCGCCACAGCAGCGCUGGUUUGAGUCCAGCCCGUUGCUCUUUCAGCAAAAUAAACUCCUCUGUCUACACUGG